GGACUGGGCUCCACUUUCCCCAUCUGCUGAGUGAGCUGUCCUGGGGGUCCUGCGGUGGUUCGUGUGGUUCCCACUGCCCUGCAGACGUGGGCGGUAGCCCCCUCCCCCAGUUACUGAUACAGGGCAGCAUCAGCUUACCGCCGGCAGGUCCCUGGGCAGACAGCGCGCGAGAUGGGCCGGACCUCGAAGGACAAGCGGGACGUCUACUACCGCCUGGCCAAGGAGGGUGGCUGGCGCGCCCGCAGUGCCUUCAAGCUGCUACAACUGGACGAGGAAUUCCACCUCUUCCAAGGCGUGACACGGGCAGUUGACCUGUGCGCAGCCCCAGGCAGCUGGAGCCAGGUGCUGAGCCAGAAAAUUGGGGGCCAGGGUUCCGGCCAUGUGGUGGCCGUGGACCUUCAGGCUAUGGCUCCAUUACCAGGUGUGUUACAGAUCCAAGGGGACAUCACCCAGCUGUCCACUGCCAAGGAGAUCAUCCAGCACUUUGAGGGCUGCCCGGCGGACCUAGUGGUGUGCGACGGGGCUCCUGACGUAACUGGCCUCCAUGAUGUUGAUGAGUAUAUGCAGGCCCAGCUCCUCCUAGCCGCUCUCAACAUUGCUACACACGUGUUAAAGCCAGGAGGCUGCUUUGUAGCCAAGAUCUUCCGAGGCCGGGAUGUGACCCUGAUCUAUAGCCAGCUGCGCGUCUUCUUCUCCAGCGUGCUCUGUGCCAAGCCCAGAAGCAGCCGCAACUCCAGCAUAGAGGCCUUCGCUGUCUGUCAGGGUUAUGACCCCCCUGAAGGCUUCCUUCCGGACCUGACCAAACCCCUGCUGGACCACUCUUACGAUCCAGAUUUCAACCAAUUGGAUGGUCCUACUCGUAUCAUUGUGCCAUUUGUGACCUGUGGGGACCUAAGCUCCUAUGAUUCGGACCGCAGUUACCCACUGGACCUAGAGGAUGGCUCAGAGUACAAGUAUACUCCACCCACGCAGCCCCCCAUCUCGCCACCGUACCAGGAGGCCUGCACGUUGAAGAAGAAAGGGCGGCUGGCCAAGGAGAUCCGUCCCCAGGACUGCCCCAUCAGCACAGUGGACACGUCCCAGCCCCUGGCUGCUUCACAGCACCACACCCUGCUGGCCUCUGAGGUGGAAGACAAUGAAAUGAAUUGUUCACCUUAACACAUUCAGGUAGCUGGCAGUCUGAUACAUCUCGGAAGCUGUUUGCUGUCGGGAAAACGAGAACCUGCGUUGAUGAACUGGUUUUCAAAUAUCUCAUCAACGGGUCCUGAACAUCCACGCCCCGAGUGGGAACCUGCAACGACCACCGGGAACACAGCAAGGAAACAUCACACAAUGCCUGUCUACACCGCAGAGGAGAGUCUUGAGUGAGGCCUUGCCUCCUGUCUCAAGCUUUCCAAAGGUGUCCUGAUUAUAUCUAGAGUUUACCCCCAAAACAGGGGAUCUUAACCUGGAUAGAAAUCAGGGGUAUCUGUGAACCUGAUGGAGGAAAAUAUUACAUCUUUAUUUUCAGUAAUAGAACUGAAAUUUCACUCAUAGGACCGAAAUUUAGCUUUACCCCCCAAUAGGAAUGCUGGCAACAAAUCACAAUAGGAAAAGCAGUACCAGUUA